GACUGAGAGAGAGGAGGGGAUGAAGAGAAUGUGAGAGAGAUAAUUCAGUUACAUGACUCAGGUUUGUUCAGAAAGCUGCCAGAGCUGCAGCUAUCUGCAGAUCUCUGCAGAUGGAGGUUGAGGACGGAGCCCAGCUCUGCUUUCCACAGUUCCCAAACACCUCCUGCAGGAAGCCCUUGGCUCCUUGGCCCCAAACAGUUACCAUUAUGCUGUACUCCAUCUCUCUGAUCACUGUGACUCUCAACCUGCUCAUCAUCAUCUCAAUCUCCCACUUCAGGCAGAUAUUAACUUCUCAGCUUCUUCUUUUUGGUUCAAUGGUGCUUUUCUCUUUCCCUCCGGGCCUCCUGCUGAUGCCGGGAGAAAUCUUCCGACCAACAUCCUGCUGGUAUUUUGGUGACUUUGUGUGUGCUACCUAUGCUCUUCUUUCAGUCAUCAUUCCCUCAGCCUCAAUAGGUGACAUAGUGCUCAUAUCAGUUGACCGUUAUGUAGCUAUAUGUGACCCUCUGCAUUACACCACUAAAGUCACUGCGAGAAGAGUUAAAUUCUGUGUUUGUCUGUGUUGGCUCUGUUCUUUUUCCUACAGCCUUCUCUUUGUAAAGGAUCUUCCGACUCAAAAUGUGACUGAUAUAUCUUGCUACGGAGAAUGUUUGUUAUACAGUGAUGACAUCUCACUGUUUUUUGAUCUUUUAGUUAACUUCAUUGUUCCAGUUACUGUCAUCAUAGCUCUGUAUCUGAGAGUAUUUGCCGUGGCUGUGUCUCAGGCUCGUGCCAUGCGCUCUCACAUUACAGCUGUCACACUCCAGCAUUCAGUGACUCCAAAGGCAAAGAAAUCAGAGCUGAAAGCAGCCAGGAAACUUGGUGUUCUUGUAGUUGUUUUUCUAAUAUGUUUCUGCCCGUUAUACACAUUAGGAUUAGAACAUUUUAUCUCAUUUAUUGUUUCAAUUAAACCCUUUUUAAACAUUCUGUUCUGUUUUAACUCUUGUCUAAACCCUGUGAUGUAUGCCUUCUUGUACCCCUGGUUUAGAAAAGCAGUUAAACUUAUUGUAACUCUUCAGAUACUGCAGCCUGGCUCCUCUGAGACCAACAUGCUGUAGAGAGGCUGAGAUCAGACUUGGUCUAAGGAUAAAUUAAUGAAUAUGUUCCUGCUGUUCAGUGAGUGAAUUAUCAAAUACAGAAAGUGAAGAUAUGAUUACCCGUCAAUUAAAAGACCUGUGGUUCAGCUAUU